ACUUGCGGCAGAAAGCGAAUUUGCCACUCAAAAACAAGCCGCUAUAAGGAAAUCUUAUCUUAUUUUGAAAUUAAUUAAUAAUCUCAUAACCAAAAAAAAUCUAUUAAAUGUCAGGAGAGCAAACCAAUAUAAAAGUGGUUGUGCGCGUGCGACCGUACAAUCGAAGGGAGUUGGAACAGAAUCAGCGUCAAAUUGUCAAAGUGUUGGACAAUAGCACGCUCCUUUUUGAUCCAGAUGAAGAAGAUGAUGAGUUCUUUUUCCAAGGAAUGAAGCAAAACUACCGCGACAUUACAAAACGAGUGAACAAAAAAAUUAGUAUGGACUUUGAUAGUGUAUUUGACCCAGGAACAACUAAUCAACAAAUUUUUGAGCAAUGCACUUCUCCUUUAGUUGCUUCUGUUCUCAACGGGUAUAACUGUUCGGUAUUUGUAUAUGGUGCCACUGGAGCAGGGAAAACUUUUACAAUGUUAGGCAAUGACUCUUGCCCAGGCCUAACAUACCUAACUAUGCGCGAAUUAUUUGAAAAAAUCCAAGCCCAAAGUGCGACUCAUAAGUUUGAUGUAGGUGUAAGUUAUUUGGAGGUAUACAACGAAUUAGUAAUGAACCUUUUGACCAAAACUGGGCCAUUAAAACUACGAGAGGAUUCGAAUGGAGUUGUUGUUAGUGGACUUGUCUUAAAGCCAAUUUAUAGCGCCGAUGAGCUUCUACAACUUCUGACGCAAGGUAACUCAAAUCGCACCCAACAUCCGACAGAUGCCAAUGCAGAAAGUUCACGUUCGCAUGCUAUAUUCCAAGUGCAUAUUCGAAUGACGGACCGAAAAACCGGAACUAAGCGAACAGUUAAAUUAUCAAUGAUCGAUUUAGCGGGAAGCGAACGAGCUGCCAGUACAAAAGGUAUUGGUGUUCGUUUCAAGGAAGGUGCAAGUAUUAAUAAAAGUUUAUUGGCGCUGGGAAACUGUAUAAACAAGUUGGCAGAUGGAAUGAAACAUAUUCCCUACCGCGAUUCAAAUUUGACUCGUAUUCUUAAGGAUUCCCUCGGAGGAAAUUGUCAAACUUUAAUGGUCGCUAACGUUUCGAUGAGUUCGUUGACUUAUGAAGACACCUACAAUACGUUAAAAUAUGCCAGUCGGGCGAAGAAGAUUCGUACAACAUUGAAGCAGAAUGUUCUUAAGUCAAAUAUGCCAAAAGAUUUCUAUAUAAAAAAGGUGACAGAACUUAUGGGUGAAAAUGAACGGCUCAAAACUAAAGUUUCCCAACUUGAAAAGGCUUCAGAAGCUACUCGAUCCUACAACGAAAGUGAAUUGAAGACUUGGUACAGCAAGAUUGAUGCGGUGUAUGCGUCCGUCAUUAAGACACAAGAAUACGUUAUUGGAAAUCAGAGCAAAAUAAAAACUCUAAAUUUCCGUGAAAAGUUAAAGAAAGAAAAUAUAGCUUUCAAUAAGCUACUUGAAAGGAAUUCAGAUAAUAUAGAACAGGUACUUCCCUCUUACAACAAACAAAUCGGCAAGCUUGAAGCAGAGUCUACGCGCUGGCGCAGAAAACUGCAUGACGCUAAUAAAGAUUUGGAAAAGCUAAAGAAGGAAAUUCAAGAAUCAAAGUAUGUGGAAAUUUUAAAGAUAUACCAAAAAGGAAAGGAUUUGGAGGUUCGUUAUUCGAAGCAGGACAUAAAUAUAAAUCACAUAUCCGGCAUAAAUACAGAAUUUUUGCGGGAUUCAGAUAAACUUCGAAAGGCCUUUGGCAUGGCAUGUGAACUGCUACAAAAAUCGUACCCCAAUCUCAAUAGUGAUAUGAAAGAUAAAUAUGAACAGCUGCAGCAUUUUAUAAAAAAUCACACAUAUUUUGGACAUGAUGAUUAUAAGAAGGACAGUGAUGAAGAUUUGGAAAUACCAACACUGCAAAACAAUGGUAAACGUGUCUAUAAAAUCAAUACGGUCGAUUUGCCUGCGUCUACGAGCACCGUAAAGAAGCCUCGUAGGAAAAGUCCAGAACUAGAAACUGACUAUGAGUUAGGUUUAGAUGUUAUGGAUGAUACCGACUCAGACGAUGGUAUUAGUGUUUUCAAAAAACCUUCAACCAUACCCAGUAAUAUGGAUGAAACGCAUGUGCUAUCAUGCACGACCGAUGAUGAAUACAGCACGAAUUCAGACGUUAGCGCGAUAAAGUCUACGACAGAUAAUAAAGAAAAUAGUCAGUUAUUGCGAAAAAAGAAUUUGGUCAGCAAUAUCCUGUCAGAGCAGAUUGCAAGGGUUCCAAUAAACAAAGAUCGCGUAAAGAGUGCAUUACUUAAAUCUAAAGCAUUCAAUCAUCACAGCCUUCUAAAAACUGUAGCUGUUGGCGUUCAAAAGGAAAACAGAAAAUUCAGUCCAGUGAGAGUACGCAAAAGUCCGAGAAGUAUAAUGGUUAAGUCACUCGCGACCACGGCUAACCUAGUGAAGCGACAGGCAGUUCGCUCGGCCAAUACCACUAGCAAUGACCCAAUCGUUCGAAUAAAUCGGGCCGCCUCUUUUCGAGUAAAGAAAUAAUAUCGCCUUAAAAAAAUUUAAAUCAAAUACAUAUUUCUUUCUAAUGUAAUAUAGUUUACUCAUUUAUAUCGUACACUCUCAUAUACAAACGCUUACGUACAUCCAUACAUUUGUAUUAUUUAUACAUUACGUACAUAUAUUUAAUUCCACAUACGUUUUUUUUAAGAAAACAGGUUUACAAAUUUGGAUAACUUACGGCAACAUAGUAUAACAUUCGACGUAAGAUAUGUGUAUGAAAAUUUCACCUUUCCAUCCAUGUAUUUACAUAUGUAUGCAUUUUAUUGCGUCUGCGAAUAAAUUCAAAAUUAAUUGUA